UGCACAUGAACAAGGAAUCAUUAUUGCAAGAACUUUACUGAAACAAAGAAGAAAUAUUGAACAAAUGGGGAAUUACAAAUCUAGACCAACCCAAACUUGCACUGAUGAAUGGAAGAAGAAAGUUAGUGAAUCGUAUGCUAUAAUCUUAGAAAGAUUAGAAGAUGACCUGCAUAUCAAAGAAAAAGAAUUUACAGAACUGAAACAUGUAUUUAGCUCUGAUGAAGCUUUCAGCAAAGUCAAUUUAAAUUACCGCACAGAAAAUGGGCUGUCUCUUCUUCACUUAUGUUGUAUUUGCGGGGGUAACAAAUCCCAUAUUAGAACUCUUAUGCUAAAAGGGUUGCGUCCGUCCAGGUUAACAAGAAAUGGAUUUACAGCUCUGCAUUUGGCAGCUUAUAAGGACAGUGCAGAACUUGUGACUGCCCUGCUGCAUGGUGGAGCUGACAUUCAGCAAGUUGGAUACGGAGCUCUUACAGCACUUCAUAUUGCUACAAUAGCUGGUCAUCAUGAGGCUGUGGAUAUACUUUUGCAGCAUGGAGCUUAUGUCAAUGUUCAAGAUGCAGUGUUUUUCACCCCACUACACAUUGCAGCAUACUAUGGCCAUGAACAGGUUACCCACCUCUUGCUGAAGUUUGGUGCUGAUGUGAAUGUGAGUGGAGAAGUUGGAGAUAGGCCCCUCCACUUAGCUUCUGCCAAAGGGUUUCUCAAUAUUGCAAAACUCUUGAUGGAAGAGGGCAGCAAGGCAGAUGUGAAUGCUCAGGACAAUGAAGACCAUGUUCCUCUACACUUCUGCUCUCGAUUUGGACAUCAUGAAAUUGUGAAGUUUCUACUCCAAAGCAAUUUUGAAGUUCAGCCCCAUGUGGCCAAUAUUUAUGGAGAUACACCUUUGCACCUUGCUUGUUACAAUGGAAAGUUUGAAGUUGUCAAGGAAAUAAUCCAGCUGUCAGGAACAGAAAGUUUGACUAAGGAAAACAUAUUCAGUGAAACAGCUUUUCACAGUGCCUGUACCUAUGGCAAGAAUAUUGAACUUGUAAAAUUUCUCCUUGACCAGAAUGUUUUAAACAUCAAUCAUCAAGGAAGAGAUGGGCAUACAGGAUUACACUGUGCUUGCUACCAUGGUCAUAUUCGUCUAGUACAGUUUUUACUGGAUAACGGAGCUGAUAUGAAUCUGGUAGCCUGUGAUCCCAGCAGGUCUAGUGGAGAAAAAGAUGAGCAGACCUGUUUGAUGUGGGCUUAUGAGAAAGGACACGAUGCCAUUGUUACCCUUCUGAAGCAUUAUAAAAGACCACAGGAUGACUCACCCUGUAAUGAAUAUUCCCAACCUGGAGGAGAUGGUUCCUACGUCUCUGUUCCAUCCCCUCUAGGGAAGAUUAAAAGCAUGACAAAAGAAAAGGCAGAUGUUCUCCUCCUCCGUGCUGGUUUGCCAUCACAUUUCCAUCUUCAGCUCUCUGAAAUAGAGUUCCAUGAGAUUAUUGGCUCAGGGUCUUUUGGAAAAGUGUAUAAGGGAAAAUGCAGAAAUAAAAUAGUAGCAAUCAAACGCUACAGAGCCAAUACCUACUGUUCCAAAUCUGAUGUGGACAUGUUUUGCCGUGAAGUUUCUAUCCUCUGCCGACUUAAUCAUCCUUGCGUCAUCCAGUUUGUUGGUGCAUGCUUAGAUGAUCCAAGUCAGUUUGCUAUAGUCACUCAAUAUAUUUCUGGAGGAUCACUCUUUUCUCUGCUGCAUGAACAGAAGAGGAAUCUUGACUUACAGUCUAAAUUAAUCAUUGCUGUAGAUGUUGCCAAAGGUAUGGAGUAUCUUCAUAAUCUGACACAGCCAAUCAUACAUCGAGACUUGAACAGCCACAAUAUUCUCCUCUAUGAAGAUGGCCAUGCUGUUGUUGCUGAUUUUGGAGAAUCUAGAUUUCUGCAGUCCCUGGAUGAAGACAACAUGACAAAGCAACCUGGGAAUCUACGCUGGAUGGCCCCUGAGGUAUUCACUCAGUGCACUCGAUACACUAUAAAAGCUGAUGUUUUCAGCUAUGCUUUGUGUCUCUGGGAACUGUUAACAGGUGAAAUUCCAUUUGCUCACCUCAAACCAGCUGCAGCAGCAGCAGAUAUGGCCUAUCAUCACAUUCGGCCUCCAAUAGGGUAUUCAAUUCCCAAGCCCAUAUCAUCACUGUUAAUGAGGGGCUGGAAUGUAUGUCCUGAGGGAAGGCCCGAAUUUUCUGAAGUAGUUACAAAAUUAGAGGAAUGCCUGUGCAAUAUUGAGUUGAUGUCUCCAGCCUCCAGCAACAGCAGUGGCUCUCUGUCUCCUUCCUCUUCUUCUGAUUGCCUCGUUGCACGAGGAGGCCCAGGUCGGAGCCAUGUUGCAGCUUUACGUAGCCGUUUUGAGCUAGAAUAUGCCUUGAAUGCAAGAGCGUAUGCUGUUUGGUCACAAAGCACUGGUCACCACCCCUCUCAAGGCCUGUCCUUGGACGACAUGAGGAGGAAUUUCCAGUACCCACCUAUUGAUAGAAAUGGAUACGUGUCUGAUCCCAUGAGUUCUAUGCGAUUUCAUUCCUGCAGUAAUAGUGGCAGCUUUGAAGACAGCAGCUGACAGCAUGAACCAUCUACCUGGAGAGAGAUUCCCUAUAAACUGACAGCAGCAAUUCUUACUGUGUCAGCGUAGCUCCCAGUCAUCAUACAUUACACCAAAGAUGCCUAAAUUGGCCUGUUUAUUUACUGAUGGUGAACAUUUCUAUCAUAAAUUAUGCUGUAACCUAUUUUUCCUGCCAGCAUGCUUAGGAUUUUCUGGUGGGGCACAUCUAUCUCCCCGUAAGAAAAGCAAACGUCCACAAGGAAUACUGCACCUUAAAUUUGAACAUUAAUAAUUUGAAAAGAGAUAAAAGCAAAAAUAAAUCUGUUAAAGUGACACAAUUCUAGGGCAAGUUGUUUUACCUUGGACUGCAGUAGGGCAUGUGCAGAUAUCGUAAACUUCCCAACUGAUACAAACAAAGUAAUAACAAACCCAGUCUGCAUCACGGGAAAGAAUCAUUCAUAUCAUCCCUGCAGGAACGCAGCAGGACACACCACAGCCAAUGUCGUUCCACUUUCAUAACAUUUUUCCUCAUUUUCUUUAUGGGUUUGUGGGUUUGUCUGAGUUUGGAAACCUUCAGUUCUCUAAUUUCUUAUGUCCCUGAAGGUUGUACAGCUGUAGUUCUCCAGGCCCUCAAUCUUGUAAUCCAUCUCAGUCCCAGGCCCUGGAUACUCUAAAUCCUCUGUAUGUGACUAAAGAAAUCCUUAGCUGGCUAUCCUAAUUGGCAUCUGAGCUGAUUUAUAUAUAUAUAUAUAUAUAUAUAUAUACAUAUAUAAAAUCUGCUUUCUACUUCGGGUUUUGUGCCUUACAUCCUCGAAGUACAUAGAAAAUGAUCUGUAGUUCUCUUAUGCUUAUAUUUUUAAAAAAACUUUAACCAGCUAGAGAGAGAUAAGAAACUAAACCACAACCCAUAUAAGUUUAAUGGAGCCAUAUAAAAUUUUUGUGUCACAAAUGUAAUAACCUUGUAGCAAGACAAAAGGUUACAUUUUCACUCACCCAGAGCAUAUCUACUCUGCAGUGCCAUCUAGUGAUUCUAGGAUGCAAACGUGGGUAUUGAGCAUCCAGCAUUUUCAUUUCAUGUUUCAUUCAUUUGGUUCUACGACAGAAUUUUAAUUACUGAGAACCCCCUUUUAUUCCCCCUAUCCCUCCCAGAAAAAUAAGAAAGAAAAGGACCUUGAACUAUUCCAAAGCAAAGUUAAAUCCUUCAAUAAUUAUUUUGUAUUGUUUGGCAAAUAAAUUUUGGCAGAGAGAUUCUAUUGCUAUAAUAGUUUGGGUUUUUUUAAGCUGCAUGAGAGUAUAUAACUGUCAGGCUGAGUAGAAACUCAUGUUCAAGAUUUGUGCUUUUCUGAGAAUAUUAUGUACGUUGGUUUCACAUGACUGGUGUUUCUGAUUAACUCUGUGAUUAGGUAGUGCAAGUGCUGGUAUAGCAUUUGGUCUAUAAAUGUGUAAUAUAUUUUAUUGACUCAAGUCUUUUCUGCAUGUUGUUGGUUUCAGAAUCUUGUAGCAAUAAAAAUGAGGAAGGUUUCGCUU